AUGGGAGCCCCCACAGUCCAGGUGCUCUGGCGGCUGAUGGUGCUUGGUCUGUACGCGCUCCACUCCCACGCUCAGGAGGAGUACUACUCCAGCUAUCACUCAGGUGAGGAACACACCUAUGAAGGUUCUCUGGUUGACCACUAUGACAACUCAGUCUACCCGCACCCAGAGUACCCCCCAGAACCCACGCAUGGCUACGACCACGAGCAUCAGCCUGAGCCAGAGGACUAUGACCCCUAUGCACCGGCCCCUACCCAGGUCACAAUGAUCACAGAAGACUCAUACCCCUACGCAACAACCACUGAGUCCCCGUACGCUAAAGAGGAUGCCACCAUGACCACCCAGUGGCCCUAUGUGGACUCCUCUGAAGAAUCAGGGGUCGAUUUGACAUUGGGGGCUGAGGGGCCCACAGAGUGUGACUGUGAGCCUGGACAGCCUGGCUUCGCUGGAUUCGCUGGGCCCAAGGGAUCCAGAGGGCUACAGGGCAAGACUGGCUUACCCGGACCACAAGGCAGAGAGGGUUACAAAGGAUUCAAAGGGGCUCCAGGAAGAGGAGGCGAGACAGGACCAGUGGGUGAUUCUGGUCAUGAUGGGGAGGAGGGUGCUUCUGGUUUCUCCGGGGCCAUGGGAGAGCCUGGGGUUCAUGGAGAACCUGGCGAGGUUGGAGAACUAGGUCUGAAGGGGGACGUUGGUAUGGAGGGACCUCGUGGAGGUGUUGGAUCUUCUGGGGAAACUGGUCGGCUUGGUGAGGCUGGGGGCCCGGGGUCCAAAGGAGGUAAAGGCAUCAAGGGAUUCCUUGGCAUGCAGGGCAAACAGGGCCCUCAGGGACGUGACGGAGAUAAGGGUCAAACUGGAGCACCAGGCUUCUCCGGGGACGUUGGGGAGAGGGGAUAUACUGGUUAUCCAGGAGAACCAGGUGGCAGAGGAGUCACCGGGCUCAAGGGUGUCAAAGGUCAAGAUGGGUUGCCAGGCAACGAUGGGGAACCUGGAGAAGAUGGUCCUAUCGGAGUCCCAGGGCUGAUAGGAGAACCUGGAUCAUUUGGUGUCAAGGGUAGCAAAGGGGACCGUGGCGUGAGAGGACCCCAAGGAAGAGUUGGCGCCGUGGGACUGCAAGGAGAGCAAGGAGACGCUGGUAUACCAGGGAAACCAGGACCUAAGGGCCUGCAGGGCCAGCCUGGGGCUAAAGGUGAAACGGGACCUGAUGGUGAAAAGGGUGCGGCAGGGAAAAUUGGUAUCAAGGGGGUGAAAGGAGAAAAGGGAAGUGUGGGCGGCAGAGGAGACAAAGGACAGCAAGGACCCAAAGGUUCUAUUGGUCGUGUGGGCAUUCCUGGCCCUGUAGGGCCCCCCGGUAUCCCAGGGCCCAGAGGAAUGCCUGGUCCAAUUGGAGACCUAGGUGUCAAAGGACAAGUGGGACAAAAGGGAGGUCCAGGUGCCCCUGGACCAGGUCUGACUGAUGAGCAGGUUCUGCAGCUCUGCAGAGGCGUUGUGACGGCCCAGAUCUCUCAGUAUGCUUCCUCCAUCAGGGCCAAGUGUUCCCAGGGUUGCCCCAUUAAUAACCGAACCCUUAUCGGACCCCCAGGAGCCAGAGGGUUGCCUGGAUCACCAGGCAAACCUGGCAAAGCGGGCAAGACUGGUGCCAAGGGAGCCAGGGGGAUGCAGGGAGACAGGGGGAUGGAAGGUCAGAAGGGUGCCGAGGGUGAGAGAGGUCAAAAGGGCCCCAAAGGAGCUAGGGGGGAUCCUGGUACAGGCCUGCCCGGACAUGAUGGACUCCAAGGCCCCACAGGUUUGCCAGGUCUCCCAGGAGAACCCAAGAAUGGCAUGGAGGGUCCUCGCGGUUCUCGUGGGUUCCCUGGUCCUGUGGGUCCACCAGGCAUGGCAGGAAUCGCAGGAGUGCCCGGAUUCUGCGAGGCCCGAGAUUGUAGCAUCCAUGCGCCAGUGAUGCGCAAAGAGCAGGGCCUGGUAAAGAGACUCUACAGCCCCAAGAUGUAA